AUGUCUCUGAGCAAUCGUACCAGGAGUAGUACACCUUGGAACGCAAGUAACAACCGAGGCAUGGACAAAGGCAAAGCUAUAGACAACGAUUCUCGAUUCAAGAAUAAAUCUAGUGAAGCGCCUAAGAUCACCAAGCCUGAACCAGGUAGAGGACACAUGGCGAGAGAGUAUCCGAACCAACGAGUGAUGAUUCUCACUCCUAGUGAAGACUACGAGUCUCAAGAUGAGCAAGAUGAGAACCAGAAUGAUCCAGAGGCAGAUGUGGAGUAUCCUGAUGUAGAAGAACUCCAUGUGAUCCGACGUAUGCUAAGCGUGUAUAUCAACCCCAAGGAGAAAGUUCAAAGAGAAAAUAUCUUUCACACUCGGUGCACAAUCAAUAACAAGGUAUGUAAUUUGGUUAUUGAUGGAGGUUCUUGCACUAGUACUGCUAGCAAGUAUAUGGUAGACAGGUUAGGUCUUGAAAAGAGAAAGCAUCCGAGACCAUACAAACUUAGGUGGCUGAACGAUGAUGUUGAGCUAAAGAUCGCUGAACAAGUGACUGUAUCAUUCAGCGUUGGAAAGUACCAGGACCAAGUUAUUUGUGAUGUAGUUCCAAUGAGAGCCGGACAUCUUCUCCUUGGAAGACCAUGGCAGUUCGAUCGAGCUACUAAUCAUGAUGGUCGCACAAACCACUACUCUUUCACCCACAAUGACCGGAAUUCAUGA